GCCUGGCUCCGCCCGGCCCCCGCCGCACUCGGGCGGAGCGUGGGGGAGCCCGCGGCGCUGCCGCAGCCGGGCCGGGCCGCUGAGCGCUGCCGGGGCCAGCGGGACCGGGGCAGCUGCCGCCGCGAUGACCCUCAAGUCGGGCCGCAGCGCCGGCGGCGGCAGCAUGAGGACGGCGCUCUCCGACCUCUACCUGGAGCACCUCCUGCAGAACCGGCCCAAGCCCGAGGCCAUGACUCAGUCCCCAAACGCCUUGACUGAGGACAUUUACACCAACGGCUCAGCCACCCUGGGCAGCCCCUCGCACAGCGGCGGCCGCGAGGUGCGCAAGAUCCGCCUCGUGCAGUUCGAGAAGGUCACCGAGGAGCCCAUGGGAAUCACGCUGAAGCAAAAUGACAAGCAGAGCUGCAUGGUGGCCAGGAUCUUCCAUGGGGGCAUGAUUCACAGACAAGGCUCCCUUCACGUGGGUGAUGAAAUCAUAGAAAUCAAUGGGCAGAGUGCGAGCAACCACUCAGUUGACCAGCUGCAGAAGAUGCUGAAAGAAACCAAGGGGAUGGUCUCAUUAAAAGUCAUUCCCAACCAGCAAAGCCGCCUCCCUGCUCUCCAGAUGUUCAUGAGGGCACAGUUUGACUACGACCCCAAAAAAGACAACCUGAUCCCCUGCAAGGAAGCGGGACUGAAGUUUCAGAUCGGUGAUGUGAUUCAGAUCAUAAACAAGGAUGACAGCAACUGGUGGCAGGGCCGGGUGGAGGGCUCCUGCACUGAGUCAGCAGGACUCAUCCCUUCUCCAGAGCUGCAGGAGUGGCGUGUGGCGAGCGUCACCCAGCCCAGCCAGAGCGAAUCCCCGAGCUGCAGCCCCUUCGGCAAGAAGAAGAAGUGCAAAGAUAAAUACCUGGCCAAGCACAGCUCAAUUUUUGACCAGCUGGAUGUUGUUUCCUAUGAGGAGGUGGUGAGGCUGCCUGCCUUCAAGAGGAAGACUCUGGUGCUCAUUGGAGCCAGUGGUGUGGGCCGUAGCCACAUCAAGAAUGCUCUGCUCAGCAACAACCCAGAGAAGUUCAUGUACCCACCUCCAUACACCACACGCCCCCAGAAGAAGAAUGAGGUGGAUGGGAAGGACUAUUACUUUGUCUCCACUGAGGAGAUGACCCGGGACAUCUCAGCCAAUGAGUUCUUGGAGUUUGGAAGCUACCAGGGAAACAUGUUUGGCACCAAGUUUGAAACAGUGCACAAGAUCCACCAGCAGGACAAAGUCGCUAUUUUGGACAUCGAGCCCCAGACCCUCAAGAUCGUCCGCACGGCCGAGCUCUCCCCAUUCAUAGUGUUCAUUGCCCCGACAGACAGGGCAGAGGAGUCGGAGGCUCUGCAGCAGCUGCGCAAGGACUCGGAGAGCAUCCGGAGCCGCUACGCGCACUACUUCGACCUGUCCCUGGUCAACAACGGCGUGGAGGAGAGCCUGCAGCUGCUGCAGGAGGCCUUUGAGCAGGCCUGCAGCUCUCCACAGUGGGUGCCUGUCUCCUGGGUCUACUGAGGGCACCCGAGCCCAGCCGCUUCCCACCAACCAUCCUGCAGCCACUGGGAAACACCUCCUGAGCUCCCCCUGCCCCUCAGCCCGGCACAGCUCCCCUGCUGCUCCACCGACAUGGGCUCGGUUCACACACUCACAGGGUGCUCACAGCCCCUCUCCUGGGGCAACAAACACGGGACAGAGGCUGCCUGGGGGCGAGCCACCUCUUGUGGCACUGCAG